AUGGCUAUAAGCCCUCCUAUUUGCCUGCCACUGUCCUCAUCGUCAGUAGCUGCGGUUGAUGAAUUCCUACAGCGGCAGCAGGAGGUGCUGCAGAUCCUUUGGAGGGAGUUGGCUUCCGCCCAGCAUAGGAUGAAGCAAUUUGCUGAUUGCCGACGCAGUGAGUGGGAGUUUUCUGUUGGAGAUUUGGUUUAUUUGCCAUUACGGCAUGCUCACCAGCGAGCCCUCACUAAUAGUCCAAUAUCCAAGUUUAGCCCUAAGUUAUUUGGACCUUUUCAGAUUGUGGCUAAGUUCGGACCCAUUGCCUAUCAGUUACCACCUUGUUCUCAUAUUCAUCCUGUUUUUCAUGUAUCGUUGCUUAAGAAAUCGGUUGGCACACAGCAGGUUUCUUCUAUUUUGCCCAACUUUGGUUCUGAAUCUCUUCCUCGGCCAGAACCAGUCUUGAGACUAGAUAAGAGGGUGAUCUACUAG